AUGAUGGAUUGCGGAACGGCAACAGAGCUUGCAAGUCAAGCUAUUGAUAGUUCGAAUGAUAGCCUUCGGCUAUUUUCUCUUUCCAUGAGAGAAAGCAAAGUGUUAUUGUGUUCAUUGGGAGCCUCGAUUCAGUCAUGGAGGCACAAUGAUAGCUUUGAUAUUGUUUUGGGCUACAAGGACGCCAGUAAUAUGCAUCAAACCAAGAAUCCGGUGUACUUUUCGUCAAUCGUCGGGAGGGUGGCCAAUCGCAUUGCCAAGGGGAAAUUGAGUCUAAAUGGUGCCAUGCAUGAAUUGGAAAUUAAUGAUCCGCCCAAUCAUUUGCAUGGAGGGGGUGUUUCGGGAGGAUUUUCACACAGAGUUUGGAAUGGCGAUAUUGUCUCAGUUUGUGGUGGCCAAGGAGUGCAAUUUUCCUUGACGAGUGAGGAUGGAGAUCAAGGAUUCCCUGGAAAAGUACAUGUUACGGCUACGUAUUCCUUACGCCCAUCUCUAUCUUCGUCGGGAGUAGUGCUGCGAUUGGAAAUGGAGGCACGAUUGAUUGGUGAUAAGCCGUCUCCCAUCAACUUGGCCCAACAUUCCUACUUUAACUUGUCGGGCCAUUCGUCCCAUGGCGGAGACAGUUCGAAGGGCAUCUUGGAUCACACACUGCGCUUGCACGCAGACUCUUAUACUCCUGUGGAUCAAACUGCCAUUCCGACGCGCAAGAUACAAUCGUUGGACGACGAUCCGGUCAUGGACUGGAGAAAAGAACGAAACGUUCGACAAGCCUUGCAUCAAUAUGGAGUGGAACAGAUGGAUUUAUCAGCAGAUGCAGCUGAAAAUGAUUUGAAUACUCGAACGCCUUCCAUUGGACCCUAUGGAUUUGAUCACAACUAUGUUGUUCGAAAGCAACCAGGCACUUCCAUCCCAAAAGUUGCAGAGCUGUCCUAUCAGGAUCGAAAACUAACUGUUUAUUCCACUGCACCUGGUAUUCAAUUAUAUACGGCGAAUUGUCUAAGUAGUAGCGAGAAUGCCUCAAUAUGCAAGACCGACUAUAAAGCGUGGAGUGGUGUUUGUUUGGAGACCCAGCACUUUCCUGAUUCAAUCAUCGAAUCAGAAAAGGAAGCAGAAGUUGACCCUGCCUUUUGCGCUGGAAAGUGUCCCAUUCUGACUCCACAAAGUCCAAAUUACAGCCACUGCAUCGACUACUGCCUGGAAACAGACGAGAAAGCAGCUGAAGAAACUUGUGGAUCCGACACACUCAGCCAAAAGUAUGCUUCUGUCGAAGACAUGUGGCGAACCCAGGAUCUGUCCACUUGGUACAAACGGGCAAAGGAAUAUUACGAAGACAAUUGUGCUGCCACAAUCGAAGGGGUGCUUGGAGGCAUUGGAUGGAUUUCGGACAUUGAUCUCAAUGGUUCACGUGAGUUUUUAAAGGAAAUCACAUUACCCAAGACGGAAGGUCAUUCUGUGGCGUGUGAGUGCGGAGCUGGAAUAGGUCGAGUGACAAAAGGAUUGCUCCUGGAUUUUUGCGAGCGAUCGGAUCUGGUAGAAUCCUCCGAACGCCUCUUAUUUGCCGCACCGGAAUACAUUGGCACUGACGCCUCCAAAUGUCGUUUCUUUGCAACUGACUUGCAAGAAUGGGAGCCGCCAAAGAAACGGUACAGCAUUGUUUGGAUCCAAUGGGUUCUAUGUUACCUUACGGAUGACGACAUUGUAAAGUUCCUUCGAAGAUGUGGUGAGAGUUUGGUGGAUGGCGGAAUCAUUGUCAUGAAGGAAAACACUUGUGCGGAUCCAGCAUUUGUGUUGGACGUUGACGAUGCCAGUUCCACACGAUCCAUUCCCUAUUGGCUUGACCUUAUCUUCAAAUCUGGACUAAAGGUGGUACAACACAAAAUGCAAGACGACUUUCCCGACGACAUCUACGCUGUGCCCUUGUUUGCGUUACAACCAGUUUUACAGUCUUAA